AUGACUCCUGGAUCCUCGACCAAGGAAAGAGAAUUUCAAUGCGACUUCUGUAACCGCAAAUUCCGCAAAUUGGAGCACUUACAAAGGCACACAAGGAGACACACCCAUGAAAAGCCAUUUAGCUGUCCAUGUGGAGCUUGUUUUUCAAGACAAGACCUUUUGAGACGCCAUGAGCGCAUUGUGCAUGGCACCUCCAGUAAUUCUCCUCAGCAGUCAGCUUCCCUAUACAAUAUUAGCGAACAGCCGCAGAGCCCUGGCCGCAGGCAUCGGUCGGUAACCAUACAAACAGCCUCCCACCAAGGGACCAUGACAACCCAUCCCUUGACGGGCAGCCAACUAGCUGGCCUAACAUCGUCGAGGGCUGAGCCCAUUCCGCUAUCUAGCCGUUUCGAAGCCAUUACAGAAAUGCUCCAGAUGAACGAUCCCGUACUGGAAAGUAUUGUUACUGAACCGAGGCCACAGUUCGCCAAUGCAGACAACUCUGACCGGCCCAUCACUCGCAACUUUGCCCGAGGAUCCAGUACACACCAAACUGCGCAAUUAACUCACGAAGUCCCAACAAUUUUUCCUGCUCCACAGAUAGCUUUAGCCAAUAAUCGGCGUGAAAUAGGAGCCCAAAUUGUUCCACACUUUACCCAUCCUACAGUUGCUGAAUACCAGAGGAACUCACUACUGCAGUCAAUAAACGGCUUUGGGCUGCCUGGGUGGAAGCUUCCAUCCAGUGACUCCUUAACCCGAUUCUUAGCUGGAUAUUUCACGGGUUUCUAUCCAUAUGCACCCUUCACCCAUGCUCCAACUUUUAGGUUUGAUGCAUGCUCGCCGGAACUUCUUUUAGCCAUGUUUGCCAUCGGAGCAGCUAAUCGUUUUGAAUAUAAUUCUGCAAUUAAUAUGUUCUAUGUCUCGAAGGCAAUACUACUAGAGCGUCAACACCAAAGGGAACGUGGUAUGCUCGAACGACUAAUGAACCACGGAACGAGAAAUGAUUUCGUAGAACGAGAUUAUAUGGACGAAGUCCGAUGCUUACUCUGUCUCAUGGGCAUUGCGGCGUGGGAUAAGGACUUGAAUAUCAGGAACGAAGCCCUCGUAUUGCGUGGUCAGCUCGCCCAUGCCUUGAGAUUAAGCGGACUAGAAGAACCGUCGGAAGCACACGAUACUCAUUGGGAAACCUGGGCUCGCCUAGAAUCGGAAAGACGUGCAAAGCUAUUUGCAUUCUGUUUUCUCAACGUUCAAAGUAUCGCGUAUAACCUUUCACCAGUCAUUUGGAGUUAUGAAAUCAAGCUGCGCCUGCCUUGCUCCUGUCCAGAAUGGACGGCACCGGAUUCAGCAACUUGGGCUUUGCUGAGACAGAAUACCCUGAUUACACAGAAUCACUUUAACACAUCUUUAAAGGAUUUGCUGUCCCCUUCUCCAUGUGAUAUCAAUGAGCUCAACCCGACGCCCGUUGCUAACUACACGUUGCUGCAUGGUCUCAUACAAACCAUCGUGUGGGUUCAUAUUUUCCCCAAAGACCUAGGGUCUAAUUCAACUUCAGAUAGCCGAGUGCUCUUUCGUAACGCUUUGCGUAAAUGGACACUCUACUGGCAACGGACUCCAGAAUCCAAUCUUGAGCCAUUCGACCCCAAUGGGCCAUUACCCUUUAUGUCAAGCGCUUGGCUCAGCUUUGCCUACAUUCGGAACUGUUCUCAAUUCUCCGAUAGUCAUUCUCGAGAGAUAUUCUCGUGGAAUGUUGCUUCCAUCGCCCGUGCUCUUCAUUCAUCACCAUCUGCGAACCACGAGUGGGAUGAACUAUUGGCAGCCCAUCAUGCGACCCAUUUCAUGGGUAUACUGGUCAGGCUUGGUAUACAGUACAUCAAACACAAUAGGGCAUCACUAUGGAGUAUUGAGGCUGCGUUAUGUGGGCUAGAAUGUUCCGUUUUUCUCGACAAGUGGCUUCGAGCAUUUCACACUUCCAUGGGUCCUAAGUCAUUAACAGACCACGAACAUUUGCUCCUUGAAUGGACUCGAGAUAUCGUCCGCGACGGCUCUAUAUCUAUUAAUGGUGCGUGUCCUGACAUUUCGUCAAACCGGCCUGAGGAUUUGGUCAACUACACUAUCGAGGUUUGGUGUCAUAUCAUGCAGGGCGAUUCUCCCUGGCCGUUUAUUAGUAUGUUAGGUGACGCUGUGGUUGAAUAUAAAAGGACUUGUCGCCAGGACUUGGAUAAUUUUUGA